UUGAUGAAUUCAGACAUUUCUAUGGGAAUUAAUAGCGACAUAACUGGUUCUGAACUAUAAUUAUCAGGCAGAAAGUGGUACUUUGUACUUAAUUUUUUAAUAUCUAGAAAUAAUAUCAAAGAAGUGUUCAUCAGUUUUGGUUCAAAUUAAAUGAUGACAGUCAGCAAUCAAAAUGAAGAACUUGAUGCACCAACUGUUACCACAAAUCCAAAAGAUACACACAUUAAAUCCGAGUUUGACACGUUCGAGAAAACUUUUGAAAUUGAAAAAUGUGCUAAAUGGAUUUUGGAUUGUCAACUGGGAAAGGUUUGUUUACAAUUCCCGGAUUCUUUAAUGCCAGACUCACCAGAUGUGGCAUCGAGACUAGAAAACCGGUUGAGUAAAAAAGUGUUCAUUUUGGGUGAUAACUCUUGCACUAAUUGUUGCAUCGACGAAGUGACAGCUCGGCAUGUCAAUGGCGAUGGUAUAAUACAUUUUGGACACGCUUGCCUUAGUCCUAUGACUUCGCUACCCGCUUUCCACGUUUUACCACAGAGUGAUAUCGAUACGAAAGCUUUCUGUGAAAAAUUCACGGAAUACUUUAUAGACAAAACAAAAAAGAUAUUAUUUUUUUAUGAUGUGGCAUAUGGUCACGCAAUAGAAUUAAUUUAUAAAAAUCUGAAAUCCACAUUCAAGAAUCUGUCGGUCACCACAUUAAAUUGCACAUCAAAUGUUGACUUUGUGAAUACCAAAACGAGUGCAAAUACGCUACCAUUGGGUAGAAAUUGUAUCUUAGAAAAUGGUUAUAAAAUAGAGGAUUACGAUGCAUUUUUCCUAGGACCGAACUGUAGAACUCUUAACGUACUGGGAACGAGCGUUCCGGUAAAGACAUGGUAUUAUUGGGAGAACGAUACGAUUAAUGAAUUAAUAGCUGUUAAUACUCCAUGGCUAAAGAGAAGAAGAUAUUUAGUAGAGAAAUUAAAGGAUGCUGGAAUUGUAGGCAUAGUGAUUGCUACAUUAGGUAUCAAAGGUUAUUUAGAUGUGAUUACAAUCAUUAAAAGUAUAUUGAAACAGAUGAAGAAGAAGUCGUACAUUAUAAGCGUUGGUAAACCGAAUCCUGCUAAACUUGCCAACUUUUCUGAGGUAGAUGCAUUUGUGGUAAUAACUUGUCCGGAGAAUGACAUUUUUACUUCAAGAGAUUUUCAUAAACCAAUACUAAUGCCUUACGAAGUGGAUUUAGCAUUCAACGCUGCAAGGACAUUUUCUCAACGCUAUUACAUGGACUUCAGAGAAAUACUACCUGGUGAGGCAAACUAUGUGAGCUUUGAAGCGUCUUCCAACUCGGACGUUUCUCUAAUCUCUGGUGGAAUAAGAGAUUUCAAAGAGAAUCCUACAGAGACUCCCGAGAUGAAUGCACUGACAACGAGACUAGCAGGAAUUGUGGCCAUUAGUAACGACGGUGCAAAUUAUCUCCUUAACAGAAGUUGGCAAGGACUCGAACAAAGAUUAGGUCAAGAUAAGGCAAAACCCGCGGAAAAAGGGCGCAGCGGACUUCCUGCGAGUUACGAAAAUGAGCCUAUGCCCAGAAGAACGGAAGACUGAUACAUCACUUAUCUUAUAACCAAACGAUUUGAUCGAACCAAAUGUGUAACAGUUGAAUACUUGAAGAAUGAAAUAGUUAAUUAACUUAAUGUAGCAUUUCAUUUAGAAAUGCAUUACACAUUCUAAAUAUCACUAGAUGGGGGUAAGAAUUUUUCUGGAACUUUAUUUUCUUAUUAAGGGAACGCAUCGAUCCUGAAGUUUACAGGUCAUAGAAAAAUAUCAGUUUCUGGUUACAUAUUGUGAUAUAAAAUCAUUAUUUGGUUAUC